UGGAAAUGGCGUUUUAACAUGGUUUUCCUGGGUGGAUAUUUUUUCUGUCAUCCAUUAUGGAAAGAUCCGUUAAUAGUUAGGGGUGUGUGCUAUUUUCAUAUCAAUGGCUCCUUCUCAAUUCUUUUCCUCUGUUUCUUUCGUCUUUUUACAGGAAAUAAACGGUUGGCGAGGAUGGGUUCAGACUUUGAUUUUUUUUUUGAUUCCAUGGAUACAGUGUUCACCCUGUUUUUUUUUCUUGCCUCCGCACUUUUUUUCUAACUUUCUUCAUACUUGCUGUCCCGUAGUUUUCCACAUUUGUGCCAUGCCGUAUUUCUUAGUUAUCCUCCUCCUCCUCCUCUAUCAUCAUCGUCUCUUGUCGAUUGUUUUUCGGGGGAAGAAAAAGGUGAAGUUUUUGACAAGAUGCCGAAAGUCCUUGAAGCCCAUCAGUGGCUCUCUCUAUCCCUUCCCUUGAUUAUGGUUUAUUAUACACCAGCAUUCCUAUAAUUUCUUUCUUCCUUUGUUCCGAUAAACAGUUACAAAAGCAUUUUUCUCGUCUGUGAGAAAAGAUCUGUACGGUAUCUUGUUGUAUUUUUUUAGAAUUUCGAAUUGCAUGGCUGGCGGAGUCUAGCUUCCGAAACA